CGCUGCCAACACCUGGCCACAGACACCUGGUGUGGGUGUGCUGAGUGACCCUUGGCUGAUAGUAUUUUGAGCUGCACCUUCUCCUUAGACUGGUGAGGGCUCUUUCUGACACAAUUGAUGUGGUGGGGAGGUCAGGCAGGACUGAGAUCAGUGGUGUGGCUUCGGAGUGGACUCAUGUAGGACCGGCUGCAGAAUUAGUCUUUCCUCACUUUAGAAGCUGCAGACUUUUCACAGCACCUCACUUUUUUUUGAGAGCUCUGAGUUGUGCCAGCCUGCAGGCAUGUCCUCAGUGGGAACGGGGUAGGUGAAACCCCUCAGCUUCCAUGCAGAGGCCUUCUCCUGGAAAAGCUUACUCUUCAUCUAUGUGUCUGCAGGCAGAAUAUCCUCUUCCUCUGAGGAACUUCAUCAGUUAUUUCCUACCAUUUUUAUUUUAAAAAAUUUACCUUUUAAUCAAGCAAGACACACAAAGAAAAUGGAGCCUUUCCCUGAAGAGAAGAGAGAGCACUGACAGCCUCCUGACACACAAAUUUGGAAAAUGGUGAUGCUUUUUCAAGGGAGCUGAGCUAACAGUUUGGCUGUAAGGAGUUUAGAUCUGGAGCCAGACAUCAUGGUUAGGCCUGUCUGUGGUUAUAAAGUAGUUAUUUGGGUUUUGUAGAAGUUGUCUGAUGGAAUCUGAACUAAGUACAAAACAAAAACCCAAGGGGAAGCUGUUUCUGGCAAUCCUGGUCUCUCUAUUUGAUCUGGCGCCAGAGAUGGCUUAAAUCUCACUUUGUCCUCCUCCUCCUCAUAUCAAAAUUGGUACCAGCUCUAUUAUGACAGCUACCAUGCUUCCUCUCAGUCCCCACCAGGACAAGGUCGCUGAGAACAUGAAACAGUAUCUCUUGCCUGAAGCCGACCCUAGUAGGCUGCUGGGCUACUUUGAGAUUUGUCUGAGUACACAGCUAAUGCGCUGCCAGCACAGGUGUGGACUUGCUGGUGCUAAACAAGGUCCUGAGCAAGUGGUACAACAACAGUGAUGAGUUUCUGUGAAGCAUCUGCAGCAAAUGGAAAGUGCAGGAGGUGCUUGCUCCAAAUGAUGCAAUUGACAGCCCAGUGCUGGAGGAAUGCAUUGCAGCGUGGUGCUGGAAGAGGAUGGUGGUGGUUUCCAGUGAGUGAAUAUCGUGGUUGCAUAAUUUAGGCAGGAGUACAUCCAAGAAUUCUUAUUCUGUUGUUUUUUGGUUUUUUUCAUGGGUGCAAACACAGAAGCUCUUUUAGGCAAAGGCUGUGUAGUAGGAGUGAAAGUUUAGAAUGGAUCUAAGUGAGGUAAAGGUAGAAGAGACUAUUAUCAUACUGUGUGUGAUAGACUGACAAAGGCUGUGGAUUUAAAUGUAAUGCAGCAUAUGAUUCUCCUAGUGCUUGCAGGCUUUAGUUAAAUCCUUGCAGAUUUUAUUUCUGUGUGUACAUGUAGAACUGAAUGCUUGCUCUGGAUAGUUUCUGAACACUCUGGUAUGUGUCUUGUUGCUCAGGCCAAGCUAUUUUUCAUUAGUGUAUUGUUAUUACUGGUGGACUCAGAAAAAUGAGGGAGAGGAGCAUUCUUCUGUGCUUGCUUUUGUUCUUCUUCAAGCCAAUGGCAUAACCUCUGCUUGAGUAGCCACAGAUGCUGCCUCUCCACAGUCUAAUUCUACAAAUAGCUGUGCCAGGUGAAGACUUUUCUCUACCCAAACGUCUGAAAAUGAAAGAAUAGACUUGGGUGCUGCCUAAUCCAGGAAAGUUCUUUAGUUCCUAGCUUGACAUGCUUUACUUGUAUCUAUGCAGAAAGUUUGAAUAUUCCCUUCUGCCAAAGAACUGUUAGAGUCCUUCUCUCCAGCUGGCCAGCAGCUAGCCAGUGCUAACACCUUUAGCUGGAAUGGUUAAAUCUGGUAGGGGGCGUGUGUUAAAACCUCAGUCAUUUUGACAUUCCUGAAAAACAGCAAAAUAUAUAGGAACUAAAGAAGGAGCUUUACAAGUUUACAAAAGUAUUAACAGAACAGUGUGACUUUCCCUGCUGAUGACAGAGACUUGACAUGGCAAAUGGCAUGAACCAUCCUGGAGGGUACAUGAAAACACUGGAUUCAAACAUAUGAACUCUGUGCUCAAUGUGUGCAAGAAAAAUGCCCUGUUAUGGCUAUUGGUUGCACAGAAAAAGAAUAUUGAAGCAAUAUGAAGUUUAUGGCAUUAAAAUCAAAUAAGGAAUUAAAAAACACUAAUCUUGCAACAAUAUCAGCAUUUUUCUCUUGAGCAAUUGCUGGUUUUCAGACUAUAUUGUAUCAAAAUGCAUAGUAUAUUUAACUUCCUAUUAGAUGUAAGAAUCAUACUAUAUGUGCCAAGCAUCCAGAAGAGAGUUGCUACUCAAACUUUUUCAUUCUUUUAUCUUUUACUUCUUGUCUUGUAGUUUUCACAGUCAAGAAGAAGUCAGGAAGAAGACUUGGUUUUGGGGUUUUUACAUUAAUUUCCUUUAUGUAAAAAACCAAACAAACUAAAAAAAUCAUUUUUAGAACAUAUUUUUUGGUGUGUAACUAGUCUCUGUUUGAAAUGUGUGCAAUUCACACCUCUCUAAAUCCAGCAGGGCACUAACAUAGCUAUUUAGAAAUUUUGGGUUUGUGAGGCUCUUUCAAAGUAGCAUGACUCUGAUGAAGAAACUUUUUAUUGUGUGUUAUAAUUAUUCUUCAUAGUUGGUGGCUAGCCUUGGAAACUGCAAAGCUGACUUUCAGUUUAUCUUUUAAUACUUGUAUUCAUACCUGCAUUUCCAGAUAUAAAAGCAGCAGUGACUCUGAGCUCUAAACUUACAACGUGUAAAUUUGAUUUGCACCAAAGCAUCUUGAGGCACAUGCGAGAAGGGACAAAGAUUAUCUGUAUGGUUUAAUUAAUGGGUGGAGGCAACUGGAAGAUUACAUUGAUGGGACCACUAUUUUCAAGCUUCAACUGUUUUUGCUUUGGCCCUAUUUAAAAAGGGGUAUCUGUGAAUUUUUGUUUGUCUUUAAAAGGAAAGUAUAUUUUGCAUUCUUCUAUCAUAGCUUGCAUGCAGCUGAGCAAAUUCUGCCCAGAUUUAUAUGUGUGAGACUCAAACUCUGUGUCUGAAGGAAAUUAAGCACUGAAAUUUUACCUCCACUGUAGAACUGAGGCUCUGAGACUGAAAUACAGGUGCAUGAUCAAAGUGGCCCCAGCAAGAAAAAUACCUUCCCAAGCAACAAGUAGAAAAUACUGCAAAACUGCACUUGCACUUUACAAUGGGUAAAGGGUACCUCAAGUGUACCUUGUACUUGUGUACCUCAAGGAAAGGGGUGAGCCUUUCUAGAGUUUACAAGUCACUAAUGUUUAUCUUUGUAAUUUUUUUUUUUUGUUUUUUUUUUUAAUGUAUCUGAAGGUGCUUUUGAAAUCUUUUGGCUUUCUUUUGCAGAGUUUUGAGUGGGCAUUCAGUCUCACGGCCUCCACUCUUGGAUUCUUUACCUGCCUCUCCCUGAGUCUAGAGUCUGGAAUUAAGUGGUGUUUGUGCACAAGGGUGCUGGCAGUAGGGGUGGGGAACUUGUGUUUGAAGUUUUAUCUAAAGCAGAUCUUCUCUGGAUUGCUGGGUACCCCACUGGGGUGCAAUUAAAGUCAUACAUCCUGCUGUCUAAAGGCAGAGAGGAAGGAUGGAGGAAUGCUACUCCAUUCAAAGUUCAUUCACACUAGUUAACUGUGGCAUGCUGUCAAAACCUCCUCCCUUCACCCUUCAAGCAGAAAGUGGAAGAAUGGGGUUCUAGUGUAUGGCCAGGGCUUCUUCUGCUGUAUUGGUAUGGGAUGCUAGUGAUAACACUGGACAUGGACCUAAGAACUGAAUAGAACUUUCCAGCUACCUGCUUGAGACGUGCCCAAAAAAUCCUUGUGAUUUAGACUACAUCAUGGGUUUUCCCACCAGAGCAUCAGUUUAGCCCAUGACAAUGUAAGGGGCAAGGGACGAUGCUUUUCCAUUCAACACAAAGCUUGACAGAGUAGAAUUUGAAGAACUUUAGAUGUCAGCAAUAUAACAGCAAGGAACAGUCUCGCAGUUAAAGCCGAGUUUUUCAAAAGUGACUUUUGGAUUUUGGUUUUGGGACCUUGAUCUGCCUUCAUCUGCUGUGCCUGAUUAUUCUUUGUACUGAGUGUCUAAAAUUCCUUCUGAUGGCAAUGGGUAGUGUAAAAGGUUUUACAGCUCUAUUAAAGCCCCUAAACAUCUUGUACUAGCCAGCCCAGAUGAGAGGGCAAAAUUUUUUUUUUUCUUUGUUUAUCAGGUAAUUUUUGAUCUGAGAUCUGAUUCAACUAGGUGAAGGACCAGAAUCCAGCAGGCAAUUGAGGGUGUGUUUCCAUGCUGGAGCUCAGCCUGUCAGAUACUUCCCCUCCACUCCCCUUCAUUUGUAGGUCUUCAUCUGUAGAUAUCAAAAUGCUUUAAAGCACAGUGUUAAGUAUUGUUAUCUCUUUUUUUAAAGCUGAGGGAUAUGCAGCUGUGGUAAAGUGACAAGCCAGACUUCACACAGGACAAUAGCUCAACUGAAGAAAAUGACUGACUGUCAUGAGUCUUUGCCCAGUGCUUCAUCAGACCCCUCUCCAGCAAAACCAGCUUUUUUUAGUAAAACUCCUUAACUUAAUCCUACAGCUUAGACACAAAGGACACUGACACGAGGUGAAUUAAGCGUGUAGUAGGAUUUGGCCAAAAAAGAGGAAAUUACUGUGUCUUCCUAGAUAAUCAAUAGCUGAAAUUGAAUGAGACCUUGACUCCAAUGUGGUGGGUCCUUGCUUUGAUUUGGGAUAGCUGCUCUUGUUUAGCUAACUUUCUUUACUCCAGUAACAGCAGCAGCUGCAGUGUGGUGUAGACAUGCCUAAACUAGCUUAAAUAGUUCAGGUACUGCUAGCCACUGAGCCAAAGAACCAUGGAGUUCAGCAUGGCUUGGUGCCUGAGGAUUUUAUCCUGCUCUUUGUGAGUUUAGCAUUUCUUUACCAUCUCAGCUAAAGCAAAGCUAGCAAUAUUUUGAAAAGAAGGCUGGUGGGUCUGGUACCCUCCCCGCACUCAUACUUUUUUCAGCAGAAGUGAGUGUGAUGCUAGGGUUGAUUGUAGGAGAUGUUUCCUAAAACAGCAGUGUCAUGAAAGCUGUUUUGCCUCUCCCUGCCUACUAUUCUCCCUCUUCUUUCCCACUCUUCCACUGUUUUUCAUCAUUAGCUGCCUUGCCUUCGAUGCUGUUUGCUAUGAAGCUCCCUAGUCACUAAGGCUCUACUGGAGAUCACAAGUAUCUAGGAGCUGGCAAAGGCUUGGAGAAACAGCUGCCUGCUGGAAAGGUUACUGGCCUUGCCUGACUGUGUCUCUAACUGGAGAAUCUGUAGGGACUAAAUAUAGGAAAAUCCAGGUAAUGAGGACCAGACCAGAAGCAUUUGUGAUGUGUUCUCUCAAGUCACUCUCCAGAUGGUGGGCUCCCAGCUCAGCCUCUGUAAGAGAGCUUUGCUGAUAUCUGUAACUCAUCACUUUCUCGUGGCAGCCAAGGACUUAAGCAGAAAUGAGGGUUCAGGUCCUUGAGAGCAAAGUAACUUCUGCUGAGUCAAUAGGGAGGUACCAUCACUGCCCUCAGUUUUGUUUGCAGGAACAGCCUCAUCAAAUAGUGUUUGUGGGCAGAGACCCUUAGUAGACUGCCGAGCUGUUAAAUUGCCAACCUACCCACUAGUUUAUUCUGCAGCAGAAAUACAAGCAUGCCUGGACCAACCCCCAGAGCUCAACUCUGAACUCCUCUCUCGUUCUGUCAGAAUUCCCAGCUUGUUUUGAAAAUGGCAUUUAUUUUUGUUAAAUUGCAAAAGAGUUGGAUGCAGUCUGCUAGUUGUGUUUUGCCUCUCCUUCUUUGUGCAGUGAAUUUUGUUCAUUCACUUUACAUGCCUCAAGUUGCUGUAAUGCUGCUGGGAAAGUAAUUGCCUUGCACUUUCUCUUUCUGAUGCCCACGGGUGACUGUGGGGGACUCCUCCCUGGGCACAGUGCAGAGUUAAAAGCCCAGCUUUUGCUGCUUUGCUUAAGACCUGGUUAUUUCUUUUCUUUUUUUUUUUUCCUUUUUUUUUUUUUUUUUUUUGUCAGCUGCCUGUUAUAUCAAUCACAGAGCUGGGAUCUAUUUAUAGGUUGGGACUCAGAGUACUGUGUCCUAGUCACAAAGAGAGGCAGAGACGCAGAGGGGACUGUCGGCUGGUGCAGGCAGAACCAAAAGAUAUUUAAUCAGCAAUUAGAAACACCUGAGGGCAAGGGAAAUUCUACUCCAGCCUCGAGCCUCAUCUCUCAGCCUGCAGCAUGCUGCUCGGCAGAAUGGCCACGGAGGAGCGGCACCUCUCCUCCAGCUGUGGGUCCUUCAUCAAGACCGAGCCCUCCAGCCCAUCUUCUGGCAUCGACGCCAUCAGCCACCACAGCCCAAGCGGCUCCUCCGACGCUAGCGGUGGCUACGGCAUCGCCAUGGGCGGCCACCCCAAUGGCCUAGACUCGCCACCCAUGUUCAAUGGCACGGGGAUCGGCGGCGGGUCCUGCCGGAAGCGUUACGACGACUGCGCCAGCGCCAUCAUGGAGGACUCACCCACCAAGUGCGAGUACAUGCUCAACGCAAUCCCCAAGCGGCUGUGCCUGGUGUGUGGGGACAUUGCUUCUGGGUACCACUACGGCGUGGCUUCCUGUGAGGCAUGCAAAGCCUUCUUCAAGAGGACUAUUCAAGGGAAUAUUGAAUACAGCUGCCCGGCCACCAAUGAGUGUGAGAUCACGAAACGGAGGCGCAAGUCCUGUCAGGCCUGUCGCUUCAUGAAAUGCCUCAAAGUGGGGAUGCUAAAAGAAGGUGUUCGUCUGGAUCGAGUCCGUGGAGGCCGUCAGAAAUACAAAAGGAGACUGGAUUCUGAGAGCAGCACUUACCUGAGCUUACAGAUCCCUCCCCCAGCUAAAAAGCCAUUGACUAAGAUCGUGUCCCACUUGCUGGUGGCUGAGCCAGAGAAGAUUUAUGCCAUGCCUGAUCCAACCAUGCCGGAGAGUGACAUCAAAGCCCUGACAACCCUCUGUGACCUGGCAGACAGGGAACUGGUGGUGAUCAUUGGCUGGGCAAAGCACAUCCCAGGGUUCUCCAACCUCUCCCUUGGAGACCAGAUGAGCCUUCUGCAGAGCGCCUGGAUGGAAAUUCUCAUCCUGGGCAUUGUGUACCGCUCCCUGCCGUAUGAGGACAAGCUGGUCUAUGCUGAGGAUUACAUAAUGGAUGAAGAGCACUCUCGUCUGACAGGGCUGCUGGAGCUCUACCUAGCCAUCCUACAACUGGUGCGCCGCUAUAAGAAGCUCAAAGUGGAAAAGGAGGAGUUUGUCACGCUCAAAGCUCUGGCCCUCGCCAACUCAGACUCCAUGCACAUAGAGGACAUGGAUGCAGUGCAGAAACUCCAGGACCUUCUCCACGAAGCCCUGCAGGACUACGAGCUGAGUCAGCGCAAUGAGGAGCCCCGGCGAGCAGGCAAGCUGCUCCUGACCUUGCCUCUCCUGCGGCAGACGGCUGCUAAAGCUGUGCAGCACUUCUACAGCAUCAAACUGCAGGGCAAGGUUCCCAUGCAUAAACUCUUCCUAGAAAUGCUAGAGGCAAAGGUCUGACAGCCCCAGCACCAGCUGACAGUGGCCGGGGAACAAACUAGAAACAAAGAUGCAGACAACGGAGCAAUCCAAACAGCAGCAGCAGCCACCGCCGGCUUUUAUCUCCAAUCAUUUAUUAUGGAAGAAUUAUUUAAUGUCUAUCUGUCGGCGUGACUGCAGAAUCUUGUGUACAGGAGGGGGGAAACUUUUAAUCAGUCACCUGUUUCUCUUUUUUUUGUUGUUUUCUCUGUGGGAAAUACCAGAUUAUGCUCUUGCACUUGUUGAGGCAUCAUUGGGGUUCAGCCCCUCUGAUCAGUGAUGCUCUCAGCGCUGUCCAGGCUGCCUGCUCCCCAGCUCCCUCUGCCAGUUCUGGAGGGGGACUGGGGACAGAAGCAGGAAGAGAGGAAGAAUAGAGUCAGUAUAAACUUUAUCUGCUGGUGUUACGAGGGGUCAGUUAGAAAAGGAAGCAGCCACGGUCCUUCUUUUUGUCACCUUUCUGCCUCUUACUAUAGAGUAGAUGCUCCUUUGGAGAACAAUGCUGCUGGACCUCUCCUGAACAAACAGGCUGCCUCCCAGACUCCUCUAACACUUGUACAUACAGGCCCCACUUCUUACUGGGAAAGAUGCUCCUAACUGUGUAAGAUAUUCUGCGACCUUGUACAGUGUGUCAUUACGCCUGGCUAGUCCCUCCCAUGUACAAUCCCCGCAGGCCCCUGAAGAGGUAGGAUGUAUGUCCCUGAGAAAAUGCAAGUCGUUCCCAAAUGGCAAGAGAAAAGAGCCUGAUGUUAUGCUUCAGUGCUGGGUUGACUUGAUAAUCUCUGCAUCCUCUCCUAUGUGGUGCUAACUACAAUUCUUCCACACUUUUCACCCCAUAGUGUAUCACACCUGCCUCUUCAGCUCAGCUGAGUGCCAUUCCCCACCUGUUCCUUGUGGCAGAGAACACAAGGCUUUUUCUGCAUGGUUACUGCCCAAGUAUAAGUACACCCCAAACCAGAUCUUUCCUAGACUUCAUUAGAGCUCUUUGGCUCCACAGAGACUUUAGGCUUAUUGCCAAAUUCUAGUUAGGAAUCAAGGGCACUGCUUUUCAGAGGAGGCAGCUCUAGAGCCUGAGAGAUUGCUUUCUUGUGGCAGCCUAGGGAAAUAAAUUAGAGGAUGGCAUGAAACCCCUGAUACUCCAACUACUGUCUUCCCCUGCCUCAUCCCAUUAUCCUCAACAGCAGGAAAAGAGCUAGCAUAGAUUAUACCUGGGGCUGGUAUGAGGUUCUCUUGCUGAUCAGAAAGCAAAUACCUGACCUUGAGGUGGCAGGAGAAGAACAGGGGGAAUGUUUAUUUACUCCUCUUAUGUAACCAGGUUCCUGCUGUCUCCAAGCCCUGGUUUAGAUCUGCUGCCUAAGCCAUAACCGCUGAAUUCCCAGUAGCCAGAGGGGAAUGUAGGUGGCUGACAAAACUGACUAUUGGUAUUCUCUGAAACUUUAUUUUCUAGGUCACUUAGUUUUAAGUCAUCCUGAGCUGAUGAAACCUGAGCGUAUUGUCUUCUUUUUGUGGUCAGCAGCGUGGCACCAGAGGUGAGAAAAAACCUCUGAUCUACAUUUGAGACACUACUAACUAUUGCCUCUGUUCUCCACCCCUUCCUGGCUUCCCCAGGAGAAAGGUGGUGUGUCAGAGGAGUAGCUUGCCCUCAGGAGUAAGUCUUCCAAACCAGGGUUGAGGUGAGUGAUCAGAGACACUGGCUGCUUUUCUGCUGGAGCAGAAUGUGUCCCAGCAGGGCUGUCAGUACUGCAGGACCGUGUUUUGGCAGGGUCAGACACAGGGUGCUGGCACAGUGACCUCUCAGCUCUCAUAGCCAGGCCACACCUUGUACUUAAGUUAGUUCUGUUCCAUCUCCUUUGAGUCUUCCUGUGCUACACAGCCACUCAUUUCGUACUCACUUGGUAAAGGAAUUGUCUUGCUUCAGGUAUUUUAGUAAACCACCAAGACCUAAGGGGCAGAAGGCACAGGGGAACUGGUACUCCUUCUGUGCUCACAGCAGUAGCAAUUACACAGUGGCCUUGUGCUUCAAGCAGUUACCUGUGCUUCUCUCCCUCACACCCUCCCAGAGGAAGCUGGGGAGAAAAUGAGAGGCUUUAGGUUGCACUCAUGAUCCCUGUAUCCAUCUGUGACUGAGGGACCAAAGUGAAUUGCAUUACAGAGCCAGCUUGCCUUGCGCUGCACUCUGGUAACUCCUUCUGGCUGUGGUGUAAGUGCUUUCACAGAUAUGCUGGGUUGCAUUAUCAUCUGUAAGUCUGACUCACUUGACCACUGCUGCAAUGCUUCCCAGUCCCACCAGCUGAGCUGCAGCACACUGUGUCCCAGCCUGCUGUGCAAAGGUAGCUGUCCCAAAUGGGUUGAAAAGAUCCUAAGAAGCAGUUCUUACUCUGUUGGGCCCUGCUGGAAAGGUCAUUUACUCACACACCAACACACCCACCAAAUAUCCUCAAAAAAAACCCCCAAAACUUCCCAAAAACAACCCCAACAGUCUCUUCUAGCUUUGUUGUAUUUUAACUCAGGCCUGCUCUCCAUAACAGGAAACUAUCUACAAAACAUGGUUAUGGAGAUCUGCCGAGUUAGCUUCUAACCCACAGAGACUGCUGGCUAUUUAGAUUAGGGCUACAGGAUGGAGGCAGCUCCUGCCUUGGCAUAGCAAAAUGAAGAUACCAAAUAUAUUUUUUCCAGGAACUUCUUUCUCCAUUAAAGCUGUAUAACAUUGGAGCCCAUCUGAAUAUUCUCCAUUGCUUGAAGAUAAUAUGCAGGGAAAUGUUUGCAUUUCUUCUGAAAUAGGAUGGGAAGUGAACCAGACAUUACUUAGGACAUACUAAAAUCUUUAACAACCAAGGAAUGCAAACUCUUCCCCAGGAACUGGGACACAAACACCUGUCUAGAUUUAACCCUUAAAAGGCUUGUACCAUUCUAAGUUGGGAAGAUCAGGUCUCUUGAGCCCUUCAAAUGAGUUCAGGAAUCACAAUCAUCUCUUCCCAGUUACUCUGAUCUGCUGUGCAUCACAAGUGCUAUCACAUUGACACAGCUGAGGAGCAUUUCCAGCUAUGCAAUGAGCUGGGAUUGCACAGGAGUCUAAUGUAGUAUAGUCCCCCCAAUGCACUUUGAAGUAGGAAAUGAAGCUUCAGCAACUGCUUAGGUCUUUGAAUGCUCACAGUCUCUUACAAAAAGGUUUGGGGACGUGGAAGGUGAGACAUGAACUAGGAAGUGGGUUCUGGGUCGGUGCUCUUUAUGCUGCUCCUUUGUAAUACAGGAUUCACAGAGUCAGCGUCAUACAACUGUCCUUCAUGGGGCAAAAGAUGAUGGAGCUUGAGCCUUGGGACACAGAUGGGCUCUAGGACUUUAAAGAAAAGAGAAGCAGUAGAGGUAAGUGUAUCAGUGACAGUGAAUAAACCAACACCAGCAACUAUGGUAAAAGCAGUUCCAGCCCCUGAUUUGCAUGUGUGGAUAACAGAAACCAUGUACCUGUCAGCUACUACAAAAGGCAGUUUUUCCCAAGUGACCAGCUCUUCUGUUUUGGGCUUGUUCUUCUCUGGGAACAGCAGUGUCUGACCUGUAAUGCAAAACAAAUUUCACGGGGAUCAAUUAAAAGGUAAAUUACCACUCUGAAUUUAGGUUUCUGGGGAAACUUGGGCAUUACACCUCGCAGCAAAACUGUGAAGCUACAACUGUGUUGUCCCCACAACAAUCAGAACCUUGCAGUAUUGCUCAUGCUAAGGGGGCAUUAUUUUUCUCUUUGUAAGCUAUGUCAUCUUUUUUUUCUUUUUAACUAUUAUAAAUAUAUAAAAUAAAACAUGCUUCACCAGAAACAUGUAAGCAGCUAUUAGAGGGGCAAGUAAUUGAGAAAGACCCUAGAAUGUAACAUGUUGAGCUUUUAUUACCAAUUGGAGCUAAGAAAACAGAGCUUCCACUUUGUAUCCACAAUCUAUAAUCAAUCAUAUGGCCAAAGGCUGCUCUGUUGUUCUUGUGGCUGGGUUAUGUGGAGAAGCCAGAGAGAGACAGAGGCUGUGAGAAUGAUGCAGGGAGUCAUAGACAGUCAGUGAAAUAAACAGUAUCUACUUAACUAUUAUCUGCUCCUAAAAAAAAUAACAACCUGUUAAAUAAAUUGUAUUCCUGUGGUACAGGUCAUUUCAGACAAACCAAGAAAUAAAACAAAGAAAUGUAAAAACAAA